CUGAACACCUGUGUGUGAUGCAGAGGCUGUCCUCUAUAAUAAUGAAUCAUACUUUAUUACAUGAAUUAUCAAUGUGUUUUCCAUGUGUAAUCAAAGCAACUGCUAACUACAAGUACUAAUGCAAUUGAUUAAAUGUAUCCCACACUUUGCAUCACUGCCCCUUCGGUUAAAGGUGAUGUAUCCAAUUUGGUUUUCUCCCGCAGGUGAAACAGCGCAGUCAGCAGUGUUAUCCCGGCACGUCACUUCCAGAGGGAAGUCCAAAACUUUUCCAUCUGUGCAGCAGGCUGCAGUGGGAGGAGGCACUUUUAGGAUUAUCUGGGCUCCUUGCCAAGGCGCCAGGGCAGAGUUUUGAACCGCGGUGGCGCACAGUGACAUAACAGUUUGCUGUCUUCACGGCUGAGGACAGAAAAGUUACCACCCAUUAAAAUCUGAUGACAAGGAAAGGGAAACUUUGAGCGUAAACCUGAUUAGUCCGGACGGCGCGUGCCUCAACUGCUGCGAGUCUGAAGGAUAUUUCGGAGAUGGCCUGAACUUUUUGUUUUCCUCUUCUUUUGCUAGAGUUUGUGGAGCAGCGGGAGAGCUCGGAGCAUGCAGCUCGCAGAAACAAACUCGUGCUGAUUCCCAGUUUGGACUCAGUGUUUUCUCUCAGGCCGGGAUCCGGGGGGGAGAUGAGCGCUCAGGAUGGGACUGUGCCUCGGUACCGAAGUUACAGAGGAGGAGAAGAAGGCGAGGAUACACAGUGCCAAGAUAGACAGAGACCUGUACGAGUACGCCAAGCGCGAGAUGAAUGUGGUUAAAAUACUCCUACUAGGUGCGGCGGAGAGCGGUAAAAGCACUUUGGUCAAGCAGAUGAAGAUCAUCCACAGCAAUGGAUUCACCAAGCAAGAGCUCAUCAGCUUUAAGCCUGCAGUGCUGGAUAACCUGCUGACCUCCAUGAAGUUUGUCCUCCAUGGCAUGGGCAUCCUCCGCAUCAACCUGGCUAACAGCAGAAACAAGGUCCACGCCCAUUCUGUCCUGUCGUGUGGGCGGUGUUUUGAUGAAGACCAGGUGCUGUUUCCUUUCCUUGGCCACGCCCUGUCCUGUCUGCUGGCCGACCAGGGGGUGAGGGCGGCGGCUGCCCGGGGAUACGAGUACGAGCUCAAUGACUCGGCACUGUAUUUCUUUGAGAACAUGACCCGCAUCACGUCUCCAGAGUACGUGCCCACAGAGACAGACGUUCUGCGAGUACGACUACGGACGACAGGCGUGAUAGAGACCCAGUUCAAAGUCAACCAUCUCAUUUUCAGGAUGUACGACGUCGGAGGCCAGAGAACUGAGCGGAGGAAGUGGAUUGGCUGUUUCGAGGAUGUCAGAGCAGUGCUGUUUGUGGUGUCGCUCAGUGGUUACGACAUGACCCUGGCAGAGGACCCCUCCGUGAAUCGUCUUCAGGAGAGCAUGAGGCUGUUCUCUUCCAUCUGCAACAACAUUUUCUUCCGCAGCACGUCCAUGAUUUUAUUCAUGAACAAGAUAGACCUUUUUCAAGACAAGAUUUUACACUCUGGGCGACAUCUGCGGUUAUACCUGCCUCACUAUAAAGGCGCAGACUGUGAUGUGGAUGCUUCUGCCCGCUUUAUUGCCGCCACCUUCGUCUCACUCAACACCAAUCCCAGCAAACUCAUCUACCACCAUUUCACCACGGCGACGGACACCUCCAACAUUCAGGUUGUCUUCCAGGUGGUCAUGGACACGAUCAUCAAAGAGAACCUGGAGGCUGUGUCCCUCCUGUAGCUGCCAGCAGAGAUCCAAGACUUCACUGGACUCUCACUGCUGAUGACCUUUGGAUAUCUCAUCUGAAAAGACACGAAGAACACCUGUUCUAAACAUCGAUGAGGCCGUAGAGCUCAGAAGCUCUUUGUCACUGUUGCAUUUCAUCCUCUGAUGCCUGAAUCCAUGUAGCUUUGAAAAAUUCUUUCAAAAAACAUUGAAGAAGACGGACGACAUUUGUGUCGGGUUGGAGCCCUUAUACAUUGACUUUUGAAACCUUGUGCUGAGUGAGAGUAAUGGGCAUUUAUAUUUUUGUACUGUACUAUAGAAUCAGACUUUGAGUGGUGACGUUACUUUUAGGAGGACUUUAUAUAUACAGACGCCGAUUCUUUGCCCUCUCUGCCUCUGUGUGAGUGUGGGCAGGACACAGAGGGAGCGAGGAUUUACUGUUUGUCCGUUACUUCCUCUGUGCAGGGAUUCACUCAUGCAUACCAUGGUGUGUUUUCCUCUCAUCCAUCACUGUGUCUGUGCACAUCCUGUGUGCGUCACACCCUCCUAAUGAGGCGAUGAUCACUGUAAAAAGCACCCCAGUUUGUGUUUACUUGUCCUGAGCUGUUCAUUGUAAUCUGUGCCUUCACUUGUUCCCCUGACUCUCUCCAGUCAGCGAUGAUGCUGGUAUUUAAUAAGACAACUGGGAAAAUGUAUGUAAAGAAACAUCCCUGAAGCCUCCAAACUAUGUUUCAUUUCCUUUCUUUCAUCUCUGAUUAUUGUUCCAUUAUCUGACACACACACACACACACACACACAGUCAUAAACCCUUAUUUGUCAACCAGGAUGAUGCUACCUGUAAGUGAAUUGUGUGGCAUUAACUCUGCUGGGGUCUGACUGUUUUGAAGGCCCCCCUGAGCAACUGACUGCUAUCACACCCUGACUCCAAGAUGCGGUAAUGACUGAUGUGCUCUGAUAUGUAUGCUGAAGGUGAAAGAAAAGAGAAAAACACCCCCAAGUGCCUUAUGAUUAAGCAGCUUUGCUGUUGUGUAAUUUAAAUGGUUCAGACGUGUAUGAAAUGUAUAUUUCCCCACCUCUUUUUUUUCCCUACAAUCUCAGAAUGUUUUUUGUAUUUCUCUACUUAAGACUGCAUGUCCUCAAACUCUUAUUUUAUGGUUUGUACUGCGUAUUGUGCUGAACCUGCAAUACAAAAUAAAUGUGAAAGGCUGACGACCUUAUUUUCCACAUCAUAUUUCAGUUUUCUUUCAAGAAGACCAUGUAAAUUAUCAAAGGGAGAAACUGGUGGUUCAUAGAUUUUCCAUUUUCCAUUUUUCAUCUCCUCCUAGUUAUUUAAAGACAAAUUUAAGCCACACAACAGGUUACCGGUGUUUGUUCCAUUUUAAUAGAUAAAAUAAAUAAAAGUACUUUACAGGAAAUCUGCUCUGCAGUCAACUGUCUGAACAUUUAAUA